AUGACCGGCAAAAUGACCGAGGACAUGAAACGCAAUAUUGCGACCAUCUUUGAGAAUAACAAGAAAUGGGUCUCGGCGAAGAAGGAGGGUGAUGGGGCCUUCUUUGACAAGUUGGCUGCUGGGCAGACCCCGGAUUAUUUGUAUGUUGGGAACUCGACUCCAUGGAUGGGAGUCUCCAAGAGGCGGGGCAUGAACUUGCUGGAGUACAUCGGCUGCAGUGACAGCCGCGUCCCCGCCAACGAGAUCAUGGGGCUCGAGGCCGGCGAAGUCUUUGUCCAUCGCAACAUCGCCAACUUGGUCCCCAACAUCGACCUCAACGUCAUGUCCGUCGUCAACUACGCUGUGCGCCACCUGGGCGUCAAACACAUCAUCGUCUGCGGCCACUACAACUGCGGCGGAGUCAAAGCCGCGCUGACCCCGACCGACCUGGGCCUCUUGAAUCCGUGGCUGCGCAACAUCCGCGACGUCUACCGGCUGCACGAGAAGGAGCUGGAUGCGAUCCAGGACGAGACCAAGCGGUAUAAUCGGCUGGUGGAGUUGAAUGUGGUCGAGUCGUGUCGCAAUGUGAUCAAGACGGCGGCGGUCCAGCAGAGUUAUCGCCAGAAGCAGUAUCCCAUUGUGCAUGGAUGGGUCUUUGAUUUGCAGGAUGGGCUGUUGCGGGACUUGCACAUUGACUUUGAGGAGAUGUUGAAGGAUGUCAUGAAGAUCUAUCAUCUGUCGGACAAUGAGAUGCACUCGGAGACGUCGGUGUUGAUGUAUCUCUUGAUCGGAAAAGAGAUCAUUGGUAUAGGGGACGUGAAGAAGAAGAAGAAGAAGAAGAAGAAGAAGAAGAAGAAGAAGAAGAAGAAGAAGAAGAAGAAGAAGAAGAAGAAGAAGAAGAAGAAGAAGAAGAAGAAGAAGAAGAAGACCAUCAUCUUCCACUCUCCUCAAACAUCCUCCCAACAACCCUCAUUCAGUGCAACCGCCCUCCCACUCAAAGGAUCAUACACAAUUCCAUGUAAACUCAACUCACCCCGUCUCGUCGCCUCCUCCACCUCGGCCAUACCGCGCAACGAGCGUAAUUGA